CCCCCCCCCCAAAAAAAAGUACCUUGUACCAUUUUCCCUUAUUUUUUUUAAACCUUUUCCAAAUUUUCUAAUCCAAUCACUGUCAUAGCCUACACAUCGCAUGGAUAUGUACAGAUAGCGAAGGGUGUUGUUCAGUUUUGUGAAUUAGUGAUUGUGAUUUUAUCAUGUGGCUUUUUUGGAUUCCAUUGGGGCUAAUUGCCCUUUUGGGAAGUUCUCCAAAAUGGGAAUCAGCGGCCUUCAAUGUGGAGACCAGACAUUACACAAUCUACAAAUCUCAUCGUCAUUCCAUGUUUGGAUUUUCUGUUGCCGAGUAUCGCGAUCAUCAAGGAUACGGAUCAGUGAUAAUAGGUGCACCAGAAGCAGCUGGAUCCUAUCCCAGCCAUAUUCAAAAAGGGGGUGGGGUAUACAAGUGUGACAUCAGUCAAGACAAUGCAUGCAUACUGGUUUCGUUCGACACAAGGAAUGACAACAGUCGCACCAAUACGUCUAUUGGCAUGGUUCAAGUCGAUGACAAAAGUGGACAGUGGCUCGGAGCCACUGUUUCUUCUUCCAAAGUGGAUGGAGGAUCAGUAUUGGCAUGUGCGCCAAGAUAUUUGUGGUACGGUAAACAAGUGGUGAAAGGAAAAUUGCAAACUGAAAAAAGAGAACCAGUUGGUACAUGUUGGUUAACAAAUUUUUCUGGUUCAUCAUUGGAAUUUUCGCCUUGUCGAACAGGAAAACAAGGGUACAAUCUGCAGGGCACAUGCCAAGCAGGAUUGGGAGCCGCAAUGUCGAAGGAUGGAAAGAGACUUUUCAUCGGGGCUCCAGGAAGCUGGUAUUGGCAAGGUCAGCUGUAUUCGAUGGACAGUCAAACGAUGUUCGAAUUUUGCCCUGAUGAUACCCGAUUAGUUGCUCCUAAAGGACAGCUAUAUUCCAUGAGUAGCCUCGACAAUCGAACGAAAGUGUUGAUGACGAAAGAAGGAAGUCCUCUAGAUGAUGACAGCUAUAUGGGAUAUUCGGUAACAUCUGGAGAUUAUCAAGGAAUUGGACAGAGUGAUGUGGCUGUUGGAAUUCCUCGUGGAAACAGACUUAUGGGCCAGGUAGCAAUAUUUGAUUCACAAAUGAGAAACUACAGGAACAUCACUGGUGAACAAAUGGGAGGAUAUUUUGGUUAUGCUUUAGCAUCGGGUGAUAUAAAUGGCGACGGUUUUGAGGAUCUCAUAAUCGGUGCACCAAUGUUCACAUUACCAGGAAAUUUAGAAAUAAUCGAAACCGGAAGGGUUUAUAUUGCUUAUCGAGCCAUUAAGCCAGAUGCUCUAUUCGACAAAAAAGACUACAGAGAUGGAGUCUUCAACAGAGGUAGAUUUGGUCUCUCUGUAGCUUUUCUGGGCGAUAUAGAUCACGACGGUUACGGGGACAUUGCAGUUGGUGCCCCUUAUGGAGGUCGAGAGGGUCGCGGAGCAGUCUACAUUUACCGAGGAUCAAAAGAAGGUCUCCGAGAAAAGGAAUCGCAAGUGAUCUUUGCAACCGAUCUUGAGCAGCCACUGCAAACUUUCGGGUUUUCUGUUGCUGGUGGUCAAGAUCUGGAUCGAAACACUUAUCCGGACAUGGUGGUCGGAGCUUACGAAUCAGACUCUGCAGUUUUUCUGAGGUCGCGACCCGUCAUCAGAGCGGACUGCAAAGUAGAGUACUUUUUCCCGAAUCAUCCGAAAAAUUCUGGAAUCAAUCUGGAUAAUAAGGACUGUAAAGUGGACGGAAUCGGUGAACAAGUUUCGUGUCUUCUUUUGAAAGUCUUUUUGAAGUACGACGGAGAAUACCCGAGUCGGGAUUUUGACAUUGAAUUGAUUCUUGAUGCGAUGAAGACUAAAAAUCCGAGGAUGUUUUUUAACACUGAUGUGGGCAAAAGCACAAUGAUCAUCAAGAAUGUUUCAAUCAGACGCAAUCAAGAAUGGAGUAUGACUCAUAAGGUUUACGUAACUCCCCACAUCCGCGACAAACUCACAGGUAUCGAAGCCGAGGCUCGUCUAACUCUUUCCGAAAACCGCGAACCAGAUCGUCGCCAUCGUCUUCCUGACAUGCCCUUGCGACCAAUUCUCGCCGAAACCACAUCUCUCAAAGACACAAUAUACAUCCGCAAGAAUUGCGGCGAAGACAACAUCUGCAUUCCUGACCUCCAGCUCUACGUCAACAAGAGCGUCAACGAAUACCUGAUUGGAUCCGGCCAAGAAUUCAAUUUGACCAUCACCGUGAAAAACAUGGGCGAAGACGCUUACGAGGCGAUGUUCUACCUUCACCUACCAGAUCACAUCGAGUACAUCAACACUGAACAGCUGGUAGACACCGGAGUAUUCGUCCAAUGCUUCCCUCCAGACGAGGGCAAAAAUGUCCUUCGUUGCGACAUCGGCAACCCAAUGCCUCAAGGCAAGAUGGUCAAGUUCAAGACAAGACUUCGUCCGCAAGUUGCCAACAAUAUGAAGCCAGCCUUCGACUUCAAGAUGGAAGUGAACACAACUAAUGCUGAAGAUUCCGCAACUACGGCGAAUAAUUACCAGGACAUCAGAGUGCCUCUCUGGGUGGAGCUGGAACUUGUCGUGGAAGGAGAGAGUAGACCGAAAGAGCUCUUCUAUAAUCCAGACAACUACACUUCCGAAAAUAUCACUACUGAUGUCGAAUUCGGUCCGGCGAUUGUUCACAAUUACACUAUCAGAAACAACGGACCCUCGAAUUUCCUACAAGCGGAUGUGAUUGUCACGUGGCCUGGUAAGACACUUGCUGGAGCUGAUCUGCUUUAUCUGAUGGAAGAGCCUCAAGGACAGAACAAAAUCACCUGUUCAAAUGCGAAUUUCAAUUAUCUUCAUCUGACGCGUAAUGAUACAGUGAAGAAUCGCUACUCUUCGACGUAUUAUCAGCACAGUUAUCAUGAGCAAUCCAGUAGUGGGAUCGGUGUUCAAAAGGGCUAUGAUAACUCCAACGAAGGUGGGAGAAGGGAAGUGAAUAUUGGCGACAGUUCCGAUUUUAAUCAAGCAAGGCAUUCUCAGAAUACGAACUAUCAAGAGCAGUUGGGAACAGUUGAGGAAGGGAGGAAAGUGAGUGUCAUUUCUGAUGGUGCGAGUGGUGGAUACGGGGUCAGUUCUGCCAGCAUUAAUGGAGAUUUCCACCCGGCUCGACAAAAUGAAAAUUCAGGGUCGAAGAAUGAAAAUUCGGGGUGGAAGAAUGAAAAUUCGGGGUGGAAGAAUGAAAAUUCGGGAUGGAGGAAUGAGAAUUCGAGAUGGAAUCAAGUGAACCAUUCUAGAGAAGAGUCUGACAGAAGAGGCUCAGUUCCGGUUUACGGAACAGAACGACACUAUGGUGAGGAAGCGGAAGAGAGGCGUAGAAACCAGGACUAUGGAGUCCUGACCCAUACUCGCUUCGACGACGAAAUAUCCGGAGAUCGAGAAGAAGUCGUGGGACCUUCUGGCUUCGACCUCGAAACGCGCAACAUCACCACUUCCGAAGAUCUCGAAGAAUUCUUCUCGAAAAUCUCCAGGAGUGAGUUUAAGGCCUACACGAAAGAGGGCAGGGAGUUCAUCAACUUCAGAGGAAAGUUCGGAAUAAUGGACAAUGGACAAAAGUGUAUUGUGCUACAAGAUGGCAAGCGAUUCCCUCUUCAAGACAGUUCAGGAAGGAAUGUUUACCACGAUGGCAAGUUUCACACCAACCGUAGAUUCAAUCCCAUCGAAGGCGAGCUUGUUUCCGGGCCGGGAAACAGAGCUUUCAUCCAGUUGAGUAACGGAUUGAGAUUCGCUCUCGAGGGCUAUCAAACCUACAGUUCUACAAGAACCUAUUAUGCGAAUCCUUACGGAAAUGAAGAAAUUUAUGGCCAUUCUUCGGGAAAUUCUUGGCACACGGAAUCUUCGACUUCUGGGAGCAGUAUUGAAGGAGAUUUCGAGAUGCACAGUUCCCGAAGCCACGAGGAGCGACGCACAAAUGAGAGGAGAGUUCAAUCCAGGGAAUAUUUGAGAAAUGGGGAUUUGCCGAUUAGUGAAAAUUUGGCUGAUCCUCGAUAUGAGUCGCAGAGAAGACAUUUGAGGUCACGGAGACAGGUGGAUUCGUCGACGCCUCUAGGUCCUCACAGGGACACGGCUCCGGGUUCUUUCGAUUCUGCGAAAAAUCCCUGCAAACAUGCUGAUUGCUUCCAGAUAAAAUGUGUCUUGAAUGGGUUGGUCAGGGGAGAAGAGGCCCAUUUGAGUCUGAAAUUCAGAAUCAAGGCGGCUACUUUGAAGAAAGUUGCGUUCAGGGAACCCGUUCAAAUUUCGACGCAAGUCCAGACCAGGAUAACGAGAUUUGCGUCGCUGGAAAAUGUUGAAAAUCAGAAAAUGCAGAGCGAGGAAGUUUUCACUAAUGUUGAACCCACUGCGCCACCACCAGUUGCGGAUGUUGUGCCUCUUUGGGUUGUUGUCUUGUCUGCCUGCGCGGGUGUCAUCAUCUUACUGCUCUUGAUAUUAUUGCUUUAUAAGUGUGGAUUCUUCAAGAGAAAUCGACCAACGAAUGUCCCAGAAAGACAACCACUAAACAGAAAUGGUCACUUCCAUGGAGAUGAUCAUUAAAAAAUUUGGAUUAGAGAAUCGAAGCAGUGCCUUCAGAAUAAUUUCAUAUCGAAGAGUAAUUAAAAUGACACUUAUCGCGUAUAAAAAAAAUUAUAAAACAAA